CCAAAGCCCUGAACAUUGAGCAGUAAAUUAUUGAGCAUGCCUGACCAUUGAAUUCACUAAUUUUUGGAGUUAGUGUUGUGUUGUUUACGUUGCAGGAAUUUUUGUUUUGGUGAAUAAGUUCCACCAUUAGUAGUAUAGUGGAAGUGAAAUUAUAAUUAAUUAUUGCUUAUCUUCUCAAGAAGUGUUAUGACAGAAAUACAGCAAGGUAUUUUUGAUUCAGUAUGUCGUUUAUGUUCCACGGUAAUUAUCUCUGGAGUUCACACAAUUUUAGAUAACCCAGAAGGAUCGGACUUGAAAGUAGCUGAUCAAAUAUGGGAGUGUCUACAGAUAAAGGUUUCAAAAGAUGACAAUUUGCCUCAGUCAGUAUGCACGCCUUGCUACAACACUACCCAGCAACUGUUUGCGUUUAGGUUAGCCUGCCAUGAAGUUCAAACCAAGCUAAAACAGUGUAAACAACAGAAAGAUAUUUCAAACAAAAUUGAAAAUGAAGAUGAAAGCUGUAAAACUAGAGAAGAACCAUCUGAUGGAACUGUAGAUGAAGCUGAAGAUCCUUCAGAAGUAAUUUCAACUGAUAAUGAAGAUUCAGAGUGUCAAGAAAAUGGAAACGAAACACUUCCUGAAUUGGGGGAACCAAGUCCUGAGGACUAUGUGCUAAUGAAAGAGGAAACUUUCAGCAUUGAUGCUAAUAAAGUGAACAGUGCCGGAUCAGUACGAGGGAAGUCAGGAGUUCUGGCAGAUCAUCUGGUGGAGUUCAACAAUAACAGUGACUUAAGGGACAGAGAUGUGGUGGAGAUACAGCGAGUUCGCCAGGAACUACUCCCCCCCAUGUGGGAUGUGUACGAAAAGUCCACUCCUAACGAAACAGGAGAGCUUCAGGUGACUCAUCGAAGAUAUAUUGUAAGUAAAGGAGCAUUUCCGUGUUCACUAUGUGGAGCCUGCUUCAGAUUCGACCAGGGUUGUGAACGAGGUGAAGUGCCCGAUAGUGGUCCUUAUGAUUGUAUUGUCUGCCACAAAGUAUUUCCUAAACGUAGUGCUUGGAAGAAACAUCAAGCAACUCACGAAGAUGUAAAACCUUUCCUGUGUCGGGAAUGUGGGAAAGGGUUCAACCGUCAGGAACAUCUAUCUCGUCACUUGCUCAGCCACACCGCUACCCGGCCAUUCAUGUGCGAGGGUUGCGGCAAGUCCUAUGCGCGUAAGGAACACUUGAACCGUCACCAGUUCAGUAGCCCUUCGUGUGCCGAUCCGAACGUCGAUCCUGUUCGACCGUUCACCUGUCCCACCUGCAAUCACGGGUUCGUAAGAAAGGAACAUCUCGUGAGACAUUGCAAACGCGCUCAUGACGUCGAAUUAAACGACAAUGAACCUAAACCGUUCACUUGUCAGAUUUGUUCUAAAACUUUCACGAGAAGAGAACAUCUACGCCGUCACAAAAUAGUUCACGCUAAAGAUGAUAAAUCGUCUUCUGUUAAGACCGAACCGGAAGACGAAAUUUCACCCCCUCCGAGUCCGGACGAUAAAAAGCCACUGGAACCCGUUAAAUGUGAGAUUUGCUUUAAGACCUUUUCUCGCAGAUCUCAUGUGUUGAGACACAUGAAGCGGAUCCACAACACAACAAUAUCUGGUGAAGUCCACCGAUGCAAUGUUUGCAACAAACAGUUCGGUAGAAAAUAUCACCUGGAACGCCACCAAUUGUGUCAUGCUAAACCCGAGUACGAGUGCGUAACUUGUGGAGAGAAGUUUGACCAAAGUGAUCUCUUGGACAAGCACAUGACAACUGUCCACGGCAACGCUGCUGUGGACAGCUAUUUGUGGAUGUAACCAAUCAAUGCAUUUCCUCUUAGCAUUCCUACGUGGUAUCGCCCUUUCGUGUUUCUGUAAAGUUACAAUAGCCACAUAAGAGAUGAUUAACUAGUGUAUCGAGUUACACUUGUAUUUAUUUAGUUAUGUAAGAAAAGAAACUAAGGUGUACUUUAUUUUUUUUACUAGCACAAACUUAAUUAAAAUAAGGAUGGUGUAGUUCAAACAACAACCUUUCCUUCUUUCUUCUUAUAAAGAGCGUUAUAAUAAAUUAAUAUAUUCUAUACACAUUCCAUCUCUUGUAAGUAUGGUAUUGUUUGAACUAAUCGUAGUGUACAUGUAUGAGAAAUAAGUGUAAAAGAGUCAUUCUUGUAUCUUUCCUCCCAAAACUAAUUAUGAUUUUUUUCUCAUACAAUAAAAUUAAAGUGCCUUCAGGAUAUAAUGUUUAAUAGUACCAUCCAUAAAAAGAAGUUUAAUUACAAUUUUUUAUGCUGUUUGUAUCUCUAAUUAAAGUUAAACAAAUUGAGGUACGUUGUAUUUAAUUUAUGGAAAUCAAAAACCAUUUUUGAAUUAGCGGAUUUGAUUAGUAAAUAGUUUAUUAAUUAUGACACUUUAGUUUUAUUACUUAGUAUAAACUAUUUUUACUUUAACUAUUUUAAGGUAAGUCAAUUAUAUUAAGAACACUUACUGUGUCUUAUCCAUUAAGCUCUUCACUAAGUGCUACUGUUUAUAUCAGAGUAACAAUCUUUCACAAGUAUAUAAUACUUUGUGUUUACUGUUACAUCUAAGUUAAAUGUUCAUUAACACAAGUCUUAGAAUAUCUUAUUAGCCUAAAUAUUUUUCAUUUAAUAUAUAUUAAAUAUCUCUGAAAAAAAGUGUAAAACACUUUUAAUUGAUUAAUAUAUUAUAUUAUUAGUGAAAUCCACUAGGACAAAUUAAUGUCUUACAGGUAGGUUAAAAUUUACAAAAUUGUAUGUAGAUUAUGUAAAAUGGAGCUCAGAUGCUUUUGGUAUAUUUGAUUAAAUAUCAAUGGCUACGUUAUUGCUCAAUUCCGUCCACGAAGGUCUUAGCUGUUUGUUAAAUUCGAUAAAUACAAAAUAUUGGCUCUCGACAUUUUUUAAUUUUCACAAACAGCUAGAAACCUCUGAAUAUAUAUUACUCAUAAUAUCAUUACCACAGCAAGAACCCU